UUUCCUCACUGCCAGUUAGCGAAGCUACUGCUGCGCUUUGGUUCACGCGAAGGCUUGCUGCCUGCCUUUCAUCUUACCAAGAUUUCGAACCUGAGGAAGCAGAGGAUCAGCCUUCUCUCGCAGAUCAAUGAGAGAGAGCUGUUACGGAAUGCUAAGGUUCUGGUCUCUCGCAUUUGGUAUUACCGAGGUGGGACUGAUGAAGGUGAUAUUAUGCAUACUGAUAUUGUGGUGCUUGACAAAGAGGGCACCCACAUGCAUGGCCGGAUUCCUACUGACCUGUCCGCACGGGUGAACGAUAUCUUAAAGGAGGGCAAUGUUUAUCUAAUGAAGAGAUUCGCGUGCAAACAAUCCAAGCCCACUUACAGGGCUGUUGACAAUCCAUAUAUGAUGCAGUUCACUCGCUUUAGUACUAUUGAUCCUGUGGUGGGUGAUGAAGAGGAUUUCCCAUACUGCACUUACAGCCUCACAUCCUUUUUGGAUAUCCCGAUGCCAGGCCCGCACACUCCUCGUUUUAUCGAUGUGAUUGGCCGAAUUGUCGCGGUCACAGACAUCAUCGCUGUUCACUCUCAACAUCAAGCUGAGCCUUCGGAUACUAGGACUGUAGUUCUCCAAGAUCAAUCGUGA